AUGAGUGGCUUAGAUAUUGCUCUUGCUUUGCCCGGUGUCAUUGAUUUAUGUUCAAGUUCAUACGGAAAGAACAUUGUGGCCACAUACAAAGACUUCAAAUAUGCCGGUGAAGGGAUCGAAGAACGAAAACUUGCCAUCGAAGCUUCUUGGGCCAAAACUUCAGAACAAUUGGCCUUCUUACGUCGUGUGUGGGACAAUUUGAGCGACGAUUACCGGGAUUUGCAAGGUCGCCUUCUUCGCGCAUUCGAGAAAAAGCUAGAAGCUGCCGUUAUCCAAAUCAGUAGCCUGGACAGACUUGCAGCUAAGAGUGGAGGGCUGUCAGACAGGUCAAAGGCAGCGAAAUAUGCUUUAUUGAAAAAGGAAUCACUCGAUAGGGCAAUCCGGGACCUUCAAGCAUGCCAACAUGAGUUCGACACGACGUGGUACUUGGUUCUACUGAUAGCCGAUCGUUUCAUUGAUGAUGCGUUGGUCAAGCGCAUCGGGACCGAAAAGCUAUCUACUGCUAGGCAUGUACGAGAUGCGCUGAAGCCAGAGCCUCGCCAAGCGGCUUCACUUUUCCUAUCCGAAAGCAAGAUUCACUCUGCUAGACAGUCUGAAAUUCUAAACUCAACAUCAAAGGUCAUCGAGAUCACGGGCGUGGGUACGUUCAUACUGGAUUCUGCAGACUGUUCGUCUAGAAAAGACGCUUCCACGUUUGCCAAGAAUGUUCGGCACUUGGCUAUGAGGCUUCAUCAGGUCGAUGCGAAUGGAUUUCAUCUCCUUAAAUGCCACGGUGUAGCUCGCAUAACGGACCCAAACACUAAGCAGCUCCUCUCAUUCGACUUUAUCUUCAACUUUCCAGAAGCGUGUUCUGCACCCCAGAGUCUUCGGAGCCAUCUUCUCUCCAGAGCAACCCAUUCUCUCGGUAAUAAAAUUAGACUUGCAAAGCAACUUGCUACGUCCAUCAACUAUAUUCAUGUCCUUGACUUUGUGCACAAGAAUAUUCGCCCAGAGACGAUUCUGAUUUUCGAGAGCAAUGGGUCUCAUCUUGGUCCAUUGUAUCUGCUGGGGUUCAGAGCAUUCCGCUUGGCUGAUAACAAAACACUACGACUGGGAAACUCUAUUUGGUCGGAAAAUAUAUACCAACAUCCUGAUAGACAAGGAAGCAACCCUGAUACAGACUAUGUCAUGCAGCAUGAUAUAUACAGUCUCGGAGUAUGCCUACUCGAGAUCGGGCUUUGGAGUUCAUUCGUGAGCAGCGAGAAACAAACCAAUAUUUCAUUGGCAGAAUUCAACCGUGAUCCUUCUGCCUCCAUCAGAAACAGCACGCUUAAGGACCACUUUACGACUUUAGCAAAGGUAGAGCUACCGGUCAGGAUGGGUGAGAGAUAUACGGAGUUAGUUGUCAACUGUUUAUCUUGCAUGGACAAGACAAACAAAGAUUUUGGCGAUGAGACCGAGUUUGAGGAUGAUGACGGCAUUUUAAUUGGGGUCAAAUAUAUUGAGAAGGUACUGUCAAUACAUUCGCUUUGA